AAACAAAAAGCUGUACGGUGGGCGGGGUGCGUGUGCGCUUUUUGCUUGUGGCAAGGCAACCCGGCACGGUGCCGCACCGGGACCUAUUCCUUAUUGUAUUUUAUUCGAUUCAUAACGUUGUUUCCUUUCUAACGUCUCAGCGACAAUUUAUAAAUUACUUUAUAACUUUUUAUUACAAACGUUUGUUAGAGUUCUCGAGUAAAAUGCCGAUAUGCUGUUAAAAAAGUUUUUAACACCUAGUUUUGUUGUUAGCUGUUUUGUUUUGCUCUGUGAACGUGUUUUGUAAAUAAAAGUUUUAACUAAAUUAAGUUAAUACUUUGUAAAAUAUUAAAACUUAACGUACAUUAUGACUAAAUAUGAAUUAGUGUUUCAUUUAUUUAUUUUUAAUAUCAUUUAUUAUGUUACUGGAGCCGCUACUGAAAUAAAGAAUACCCAAAACAGCGUGACAUGUGCAACCCGAUUCGCGUCCUGCGAAACGAACACGGGAAGUUCACAGCAGCCGGUGUGCGGUACCGACGGUCGGAACUAUCCUACCAAAUGUCACCUGUUAAGAGCCCAAUGCUCUGGUGAACCGAUAUCUAUCGCACAUAAAGGACCAUGUGUUGGUCAGUCAACAUGUCUGAUAGUUCAGCGGUACGCGCUAAGCGCUCAAGGCGGACGACGGGCUGCGUUCGUGCCUCGCUGCCGUGCCGACGGCACCUACGCGUCGGUGCAGUGUGCGGCCGCCGGCGCUGCCGCGGGCUGUUGGUGUGUCACUCCUGAGGGAAAGCCUCUCCCCGACACAGCCGUCAGAAACGGUAGACCAGACUGCACAAGAACCGGUAAAUCACACACGAGGCGGCGCUCCUCAGUUCGGGGUCAACGUAACAAAAGAAGUUGCACCAGGAUAGACCGCGUACAAUUUAAUGGGAACUUGAUAAAGAUAUUCAGUGGUGAAUAUGAGAGAGUGCGUGCGGAAACUGGAAGUGCAUCGUUGGAGCCGAGAGCUGUAGCUGAGUGGAAGUUUCGAGAACUCGACCGCGACAGAAGCGGAACCUUACAGAAGUCCGAAUACAGGGGCUUACGUCGACUGAUUAAAAAGGUGGUAAAACCGAAGCGUUGCGCACGCGCUUGGGCGCGCGGUUGCGACGGGGAUGGUGACGGAGAGAUCGCUCGUGCAGAAUGGGCAUCCUGUCUCCUCGCCAACCCUGACCCACCUGCACCGGAUUUCUCUCUCCGUUUCUUCAUGUCGUUGAAUGCAGACGACGACAGCGGGCCGGACCCUGAGGUCGAUUACAACGAAGAGGAACCACCGCCGGACCCUAGCUCAGUGUUGCCAGGAAUUAUGAAAAAUUCUUUCGCACCUGAUGGUUCCGAUUCGGAGUCCCGACGUGAAGACGAGGCUAACGACUGUUUGACUGAUCGACAAGCGGUAUUGGAAGAACAGAAAAACGGCAGCGCAGUGCUUUACGUGCCGGAGUGUACCGGUGACGGUAGGUACGCUCGCGCACAGUGUUACCGCUCCACUGGUUAUUGUUGGUGCGUACAUCAAGACACCGGCAAACCAAUACCCGGCUCGUCGGUUAAAGAUCGCAAACCAGACUGCGAUUCCGCACCACAACACGCCAGCCCAAUGAGAGGAUGUCCAGAGCCGAUGAAGUCAAUUUUUUUACGCGAUCUCAUGAACUUUUUCAUCACAAAAAUGACAGCUAGCAGUAACGGCACAGGUCCCGGUGAUAUGGUAAAAUGGGGUGCUUCAAAAGAGGAACAAGCAGCUACUUGGACGUUUGUGAUGUUAGACAAGGACAAGAAUAAAGCGUUGGAGAGACGAGAAUGGAAAGCAUUCCAUCAACUUAUAACAAAUGUGGAACAAUUAAGGAGAUGUGGAAGGAAAUUGCCGAGAUAUUGCGACGUAAACCAUGACACUAAAAUAAGUAUCACAGAAUGGAUGGCCUGCUUGGAAGUACUACAAGCGUCUCAAGGACAUUCCACGGAAUCUACAAAAAUACCUCCCAAUCCAAGAAGAAAAGGCCCAAAUCCUUUGGAAUCGAUACUCAAGGCGGAAGAUUAAGUUUUCAAUAUUUAAAUAUACAGCAGUGUGGCUAUGAUUAUACCAGUGUGGUGGCUUUGUGAGUUAAACAAGUUAACUUGCUGCGGCUAACAGCCGGUUUCUGAAACACUUGUAACACACUAUACUCAAAUUAAUUAAUCAAAAUAUAAAUAGUCCGACAGGCAGGACUCGGUGGGCAACUAAUACUAAACUACAAUAUUUUAUUGGACUAUAGUCAUUUGAUUUUACGUGUCAUUUACUUAUAUUGUUUAUAUGAGUCUUAUUUUCUAUUAUAAAUUACGAUAUAAUUUCUCCCACCGCGCCAGAUAUUUUUCUAACGGAGGCAUAUUGAAACGAAACUUAAAACAAUUAGCUUCAUAGGUACCACUUCGAUCUGUUAUCUAAGAUGCUGUUACAAAUUGAAAUCUCGUUUCAGUAUUCGGCCGUUACUCUAUGUACAUAGAUUAUUCGUAAUUCAAAUUGAUUACCCUUUCAGAAACCGGGCAUUAUUAUUAUUAUUAUUAAAAUUAGAUCAUUUAUUUAUUCAGUACAUAAUGAAUGUAAGAUUCUGCUAGUCUUGCACUGUUUCAAUUAUUUCAAAGUAGAAAAAUCAAUUAAUUAAAAUCAUUUUCCUAUAUACAAGCACAAUUUUUAGUAGAUUUUUAGUAGCAAUUGAUUUGGCACGUGGAAUACAAGAGUAAACUGCCACGGGCCAAAUCAAGCGUUGAAUCUAUAUGUAUAUUAAAUCUGACAAUUAAAAUGAAGUUACAUUAAAAUAUAAUAUGAAACAUUGAUAUUGAGAUUUUAAGAAAGUACUUACACCAUAGUCAAUAGUGUUAAGCAAUUCGUAUGGUCGUUUCGAAAUAUUUCUAUAUGUAUAUCUAAUUUUUAACUUAAAGAGUAUGUAAUUCUUCAAUGUUCACGAAAUGUUUACGACGUUACCGUGCGUUUCCACUGAAGAAGUAAAUAUGAAAAACCCUGUUUUAUUCUCUUCGAAGAGAGACUUUCACCGGGAAUAUAAAAACAUUCGUCGCGUGAGUGUCGCCAAAAGGGUCAUGUUUUGUAAAUUAAUUUGGUUUCUUGAAAUUAAAGAGAAAUUAAACAAGUUACCUACCGUUUUUUCUGACUUUACAUCUAUGCCAAAUUUUAUCGAGAUCCGUUCAGCUGUUUAGGCUACAAACUAUAAGAUACAUCCAUCCAUCUAAGUUUUGAAUUUAAGAGUAAGAUUCGAAAUACUUAUUUAAGGAAAAUUUAAAAACUCAAUUUCUUUAAAAUUAAUAAGUAGACCCCAUCGUCAUCCACCCUAGAUCGGAUUCCCCCCGCCCUUGAAUCAUUAGCUGGCGACGCCAAUUCUUUGCAAUAUUGCGAAAAAAAAUAGAAUUGACUUUUACGCACGUAUAACGACAGUGGAAACUAACGGUUAUUUCAAUAUCAAUGUUUUGUAAAGAUUUUUUUUUUAAACAUUUUAUCCAAUAGACAUGAUUUCGGUGGUAGAUUUAUUUAAUUUAUAAAACAGUGUUUAUAGGUAGCUUUUAUUUUAUAGUCGUGUUUUAAAUGUAGUUCAAUAUUUCUUAAUUAUGUUGUGUGAUUGUGUUUACGCAUUUCUAAUCAUGUUUCGCAACUUUAUGAUUUAUUGUUGCCAUUGCAGGCUAAUUAAUAAUCGGCUAAAUAUUAAAGGUGUGCUACUUUUCAAAAAUAUUACUUUUCUUGUAAUGUAUGUAUGUUUGCUACACAUUAUGUACGUACCGCUUACGAAAUUGUCUAAUAUUAACAGAUUAUUUAGUCAGUAUGAAAUGUAAGGACUAUGUGAUAUUUUUUUUUCAUUAUUAAUAAAUAUUUAAUAAUUGAAAAUAUCAA